UAAUUUUCAGGAUGUUUAUGCAAAGUAGCGCAAGAUAAACAAAUAUUAUUUAGUAUUUCGAAUGAAUUGUAUAUUUCAAAAUGGAACCAAAUAGUCGUGGAAGGAGGAACGAGUUGGAUAUAGACAGCUUUCGUAGUGAUGACGCAGGCUUUGAUAGGGCUCGUAUGAGAAGACAAUCCGGCGGUUUCGUGGAUCUGGGUAAUGAAUCACAAUAUGGAACAGGCGGACACCAAGCCUCUGGGGCUAACGAAAUCUUUGCAGAUAUUCAGGGAGAUGUACCAUGGUGGAAAUCCAACUUCUUUAUAUCACAACCAGUCCUCUUUGGCACCUGGGAUGGGGUGUUCACAUCUUGCCUUAUCAAUAUUUUUGGAGUCAUUGUAUUCCUGCGGUCUGGGUGGAUAGUGGCUCAAGCAGGCUUAGUUAAUGCUAUCCUAAUAGUGUUUUUCACGGUGUUUGUGGCCCUGAUCUCAGUGUUGUCAGCGGUUGGUAUUUGUGAAAGAUGUCGGAUAGAAAGUGGAGGGGUGUAUUUCUUACUCGCUCACACAUUGGGCUCCAGGAUGGGAGGCUCACUGGGAAUUGUCUACUGUUUUGGCCAGGCUGUAGGUUGUGCUUUAAAUGUAUUUGGUUUUGGAGAAUCAAUGGCCAAGUUGUUUGGGACUGAAGAAACGUGGGCAGCGCGUGGAUUCGCCAUCGCCGCGGUGCUGUUGUUGGGCACAAUAAAUAUCGCGGGCGUCAAAUGGGUCAUAAAGUUGCAGUUUGUUUUACUACUCAUCAUUCUAAUGGCUGCUUUGGACUUCUUUGUUGGUUCAUUUACAACUCACACUGAUGUACCUGGAUUUAAUGGAUGGCUUAAUAGCACAAUCUCCUACAAUAUGUGGCCAGAAUACAAGGACUACACCUGGUUCAAGUGCUUUGGCGUAUUCUUUCCCACUAUUACCGGCAUUCUGGCUGGCAUCAACAUGAGUGGGGACUUGAAAAAUCCUUCCAUGAAUAUCCCUAAUGGUUCAUUAGCAGCUAUUGGAACAGGGACUUUCCUAUACUUGAUGUUCGUCAUAACCCUAGCCGCGACCGUAAGCAGGGAAGUGUUGCUGACGAACUUCUCCAUCGCAACAGACAUAUCGGCCAUCACGGUCCUGCUCCUAGCCGGCUUGUAUGUCAGCUCCAUGAGCUCGUGCUUGGGAGCCAUGUAUGGAACCCCUAGAGUAUUACAGAGCAUUGCAAAUGAGAAGGUUAUACCGGGACUUGACACCCUCGGGCAUGGAAGAGGUCCAAAUAAGGUUCCCAUAUACUCAAUGGUCGUAGUAGCCAUAGUAACCAUAACGUUCAUCAUAAUAGGUGACAUCAACAAGCUUGCACCCAUCGUGACCAUGCCGUUCCUUAUCACUUACGCUAGCAUUGAUUACUCUUACUUUGCCCUUGCUCAAACAUUUGAUUUGCAACAUAGGCGUGAGAUGAGAUUCCAGGGGCAUUCACAGAGAGAUACGCAAGUGUAUGGCGCUACUGGCAGUGACUUGGAUCUAUUGUUCCCUGAAAGAAUAAGGCAUAAAAAUGUUGGUGAUUUCACGCCGUCCCCGACCGACCCGGCGACGAUGAACGGCCGAGCGGGCGGCGACGCCGACGGGCGCCGCCCCGACGUCGGCGUGCACUCCAAGCACAAGAACUGGUACUCGCAUCUGUGCAACAGGUGGCUGUCGCUCGCUGGGGUAGCAAUAAAGGUGCUGCUAAUGUUCCUGGUGCACUGGGCGUACGCACUGGGCUGCCUCAGCAUCCUGUGGCUGCUGUGGCUGUACAUCGGCGCCGCCAACCCCGCCGUCAAGCCCGGCCGGGCCUCCGAGUUCCGCUUCUUCCACUGGCUGAAGAUCGCCUUCUUACAAGCUAUAGGAAAACGUCCGCUGGAGUACGAGCAGCUGGUGGUGACGCCCGUGCACUCCGACAUCCGCGUGGAGCAGGAGCGGCUCAACGACGACAACGAGGACUUCGCGUCGCGCCGCCGCUACCACCAGUCCACCAACGUGCAGAGCCACCUCGUCAGCGUCACGUAGCCGGGGGACACU